AGCUCAAAUAUGAAUCGCUGUCUCAUAUCAUUGCUUGUGGUUGAAAAAUACUGAAGUCCCUGAAUAACAGGAGCAGAGAGGACACCAGGAAGAAUCAUCUUCUAGUGUAUCUCACAGGCACCGAGGCUCAGCUCUUCCACCUGGACCAGACCCCAGGGGCAGCAGAAACCAUAAACGGACGCAGAAUCAUAUCUGCAAAUUUCUCAGAGAUGGAUGAAGAAUUCCCAACAUAUGCACAGUUGAAGAAACCUCUUACUUCCAAGAAGCAUAUGCAAAAGAAUACAGAGGAAAAAGAGCAGCCAGUUUACUCUGAAGUGAAAAAAAAUCCUUUACACAUCAACCAAACAAAGAUAAAAACUGAAUCACCUAAAGAAAAAGAGUCUUCAGUUCCCAUAGCCUGGCGGUGCACAGUAGUGAUUCUUGCAGGCUUGUGCUUCUUUCUCCUUUUGACAAAUGGAGUUCUGGGUUUCAUGGUUUUCCAGGGUUUCCUGACAGAUCAAUCACCAAAGUAUCCUCUGGAAAAUACAACACAAGAGGACGAGUCCCAUGUUCAAAGCCUGCCAUUCACAUUGGAACCAACCUCCACAGGAGGAGAAAAUAUUGGAUUUAAGGAUAAAUGGUCAUGUUGUGGACAGAGCUGUUAUUAUUUCUCAACGACAAUAAAGAACUUUGAAGACAGUAGGAAACUCUGCAAAGAAAUGGAUUCCACACUACUCAAGAUAGAUGACGCACAGGAACUGAACUUUAUUCAAGGGCAAAUAUCUUAUUUCACUUGGAUUGGGUUGUCUCGUGAAAGAAUCAGUAGACACUGGACAUGGGAAGAUAACUCAACACCCUUUAUCCCAAGUGUUUGGAACGAUUCACAGACUGGAAACUGUGGAAGACUAGCACCAACAAAGGUGACUGAUUAUGACUGUUCUAAAUUAAUAUACUAUAUUUGUGAAAAGAAAAACGUUUGUCUUGCUACUAUGGGAUGAGAACAUCCUCAACAAAAUGAACACGAUAAUUUUUCCUUAUAAAAACCCUGACCCAUGGAAGCGUAUUUUGGGGGUGUCUCUGAAUGAUUGAGAUGAUGGAAACAUGAGAAUGAGGUGCCACAGAUUCACAAAUUCUGCUCCUUUCACAUGAAGAUAAUCUAUUCACACCUUCAAGUGUAAACUGGUGAAGUAAAAGAGCACAGGAAUUUCUGACGAGGACUAAAGAACCGUGGUUCUGCACAUCUUCUGUCUGCAAUUCACACAAACGUAGAGAUCUUCUCCAAACUUCCAGAGCGACCAUGCCCAUCCGGCUGAAAUAGUAAAUGAAGUCAUGAUUCUGUAUGAAGUGUUAUGAAUUAUCUUAUGAUACAUGAUCUCCUAAGACAAAGACAGCAUGGUGUACUAAGAAAUGGAACUGUAUCUUAUAAGUGUACAUCUCCUGCCUACACCACACCCAGUACUUCUCUCCUAAUUGGCAAAUGCAAUCUUUGACUCUCAAUUUCCUCUGAGUAAAAAUUUUCCAGACUGUUUUCCAAAGAAGUUGUGCCAUUUUGCAUUCCUACCGGUGAUAUAGAAAAGUUCCAUAUGCUCACAUCCUUCUACUAUUUAGAAUUGUGUGUCGGCAAAACCAUUUACUAAGGCCAUAUGAUAUUUAUAAGUUUAAUUUUUAUUUCUCUGUGAGUAAAGGAUGUAAAUAUCUUUUCUUGAGUUUUUUAUCAUUCACACAUCUACCAGGAUGAAAUACAUAUUUAAAUAUUAAGCCAACAUUUAUUGGGCUGUUUUCUUAAUAUUGAGUUAUGAGUUUAGCUUCUAUGUACAGGUAUUUACCGUAAUAUGUGAAUAAUGAGCCAUGCAUAUGCUGCCAAGAAUGAAAGCUUAGGACCAGGGGUUUAGCUCAGCGGCGUAAGUGCCUGUCUGCCAAGUGUAAGGUCAUGAGUUUGAUUCCUAGUAUCAAAACAAAACAAAACAAAAAAGCAGAAGAAGAAAAAUGAAAGCUUACCACAUUGAAACAAUUUUAAAACAGGAAAAGAAUUUUUACUUUAGGGUUCUCAGCAAUUGUACCUGCCUACUGAAACUCACCAGAUAAAUUUGGACCAAGAGUAGAGCCUGAGGCCAAUGUACAGGCCAAAGGCACUGAUCAUAGCAAAAAAAAAAAAAAAAAAAUGCAAAUCACAAAAGCCGUCAAAUAUCAGGAUACUCCUUGCAAAGAAAGUCACCACUACCCAAGCAAGAAAGGACACAUAGAACAACAGAAGCACAUUAUAACUAAACAAAUACAUUUUGACGUGAAUAAACGUUAAACAAACAAAUAGAGAAACAAAUGUUUCUCUAUGCUGUGCAUUCAAUCCUCUUUUCAGCAAUUUAUUAUUCUCAAGACUCAAGACUCAAGGCAAUUCUUUUUAAGAUAGCAAGAGGCCUUAGGGUAACCAUUGUUGAUUACCUUGUAUUCUGUUUUUACAUCAUGUACUAUAUCCUUCCUUUGUUUUGACUGACUGAUUUGUUUGGUCAUAUUUGGUUUUAUUCCCUUCCAAAAAAAAAGUAAUAAGAACUAUGGGAGUAAUAAAACACAAAAUGUGUAAAUGUUAUAGUAAAAAAGAGAGGAAAAAAAGUGCUCUAAAGGAUACAACUGCAAGUAUGUUUAGGUGUGUAAGAUAGAUGACCAUAUUACUAAGUUUUUGUUGGAUCAUUGAACACAACUGUUUGCAGUCUCACUGCCUGAAUGUCUACUUUGUAUGCUUUAAUCCUGUAACUUGAGCAACUAUUUCUAAGAGGACAAUAUAUAAUCUGUUAACUAGUGAUUUCUUACUGUUUUUUUUUAAUUCUGUAUUACUUGUACCCUUAUAUUAUUUUGGGGUUUUUUUUCCUUUAAAUAAAAUUUUAAAAAAGGAAA